CUCGCAUCUUCCUUUCCACUUUAUACUUUGAUCUAACGAAAACGUUUUAUUAUAAUGGAUCAAUCCAAAUCGAUAUGGGCAGCCAUCAGCGAGGAGGAAAGUCAAUCGAUGAUGGCAAUGUGGCCGGACAUUGUUCGUGAUAUCAUAGAAGAGAUUGAGAAUUCUAACUUUCCGGAUGUUGCUAAAUGGAUGGAAAAAGUAUUACAGUAUACUGUUCCAGAAGGAAAAAAAAUUCGUGCUUUUACGUUAAUUUAUGCCUACAAAUUACUAGCACCAAGUGAUCAACUUACAAAAGAAAAUAUUCGUCUUGCACGAAUUCUGGCAUGGUGUCUGGAAUUGUUGCAAGCCUUUUUUCUCGUGAUCGACGAUAUACAGGACCAAUCCUUACUUCGCCGAGGCAAACUAUGUUGGUAUCGACAUAAUGAUAUAGGCCUAGCGGCAAUUAAUGAUGGUUUAUUGUUGGAGUGUGCUACGUUUUAUCUAAUUAAAAAAUACUUCAAAGGGAAAGAUUAUUACAUUAAUCUAUUAGAAACAUUCUACGAUAUCACAUUCAAGACAAAUAUAGGCCAAGGUUUAGACAUGGUUUUUACCAAGAAACCUGAUCUGGAUAUGUUCACGAUGAAUCGAUAUAAUUCCCUUAUCGAGUACAAAACAUCGCACUAUUCUUUUAUUUUGCCAAUAAUCGUAGCAAUGCAUUUAGCUGGAAUAAAAGAUCCAGAGAUGUUCAGGCAAGCAAAAACCAUUUUGUUGGAAAUAGGGCAUUUAUUCCAAGUCCAAGAUGAUUAUUUGGGUUGCUAUGGGGAGUCCGAUGUCCAUGGCAAGGAUGAUACUGAUAUACAAGAAGGAAAAUGUACAUGGCUGAUUGUUGUAGCUCUUCAACGUGCCACUCCGGAUCAGCGUAAAAUUUUGGAAGAAUGUUACGGUUUUGCGGAUCCAGAAAAAGUAAGACGCGUGAAACAGCUUUUCACUGACCUUGGUUUGCCGAACCAUUAUUCUACAUAUGAAAAAAAAACAUAUAAUCUACUAAAAGGACAUAUACAGCAAAUAUCAUGCGGACUUCCACAUAGUCUUUUCUUGACUGUAUUACGGGAGCUUUAUCACAGAAUGUCAUAAAAUAAUCGUAUAUAUUGAAGAAAGAAAUUGAUAUUAAUAUAUACUUUAUGCAUUAAUAUUUUAUUGUUAAAUUUAAAAUACAGAUAAGAUGAAAC